AUGGAGAUUGCAGCUGCAUUCUUAAUGGUGCUCUUGAUCUCAUUCAAUGCAGUUGCAGGUAGUAGUGGUAGUAUUAAUAGUAUAGUAUCCAAAGAUAGGAAUAGUGGAAAUUAUACAACAGUGGGUGAAGCUAUCAGGAAUGCCCCGGAGUUUAGUCAAAAACCUUAUAUAAUUCACGUUUUAGCAGGCAUUUAUCAAGAGUACAUUCUCAUUCCAUCCACUAAGAUUAAUAUUCACCUUUUUGGAGAUGGUCCUAAUCACACAAUCAUUCUUGCCAACCAAAAUGGUUCAACAAUAGACAUCCGAGGAGAAGGAUUCAUGGCACAAAACAUUGGAGUUAUUAACUCAGCAGGACUAGAUGCAAGCGCUGCAGUGGCUGUUCGAAACGAGGCAAACAAUAGCAUUUUCUUUCAAUGCUCCAUCCAAGGUUUCCAAGACACAUUAUGGGCUGUUUCCGGUAGACAAUUCUACAAAAACUGUGACAUUUACGGUACCGUCGACUUCAUCUACGGUAACGCCGCUGCUGUAUUUCAAGACUGCAUGAUUUACGCACGUUAUCGACAGUUCGUGACAUUCACCGCACAGUCACGUGAGAGUCCAUAUGAGAAGACAGGUUUCACAUUCCAACGAUGUAGUUUUACUAUGUCACCGGAAGAUGAGGAUAGAAAGUCAGAGGUACGUGCUACUUUGGGUCGUCCAUUGAGAAACUAUUCAACUGUGGCUAUUUUGCAGUGUUACAUAGAUUCCAUGGUGGAUCCUAAAGGUUGGGAAGAGAUGUCGGGGCAGGGCAUUGAUAAGGUUACCUAUGUGGAGUUUGAGAAUGUUGGACCUGGGUCAAACACGGAUGGUAGAGUGGAUUGGUCUGGUGUUAGAGUUCUUGGCAACCAUAAUCAAGCCCUUGUUUUCACUGCUUCCUAUUUCAUAGAUGCUGACUCUUGGAUUCCCACCAGAGGUGUUCCUUAUGACAGUGAACUAUAA